CGGCGAUCCAAAGGUCCAACGGUCCACCUGGGCACCUUGGAAGCUAAAAAUUCAACUGGUCUUAUUAGCACUCGCUCGUCGUCGCAUCUUGACUUCAUUACCAUCCCACAAUUCACAUCUCUCAAUUCCUCUCUAAUUCCUCUUCAUAUACUCCAACAUGUUCGCCGCACGCAGAGCAUUAACUGGUGCCUUCCAAACCCGCGCUUUCUCGGCCUCCGCCAGAGAUGUACGUCCUCCCACCAACAUCCCAAUUCCGCAGAGGCCGUCAUCGGGAAGCUUCAAUGAGACAAUUGCUAACUGAUCCUUUCGCAGCUGUCCAAAGUCACAGUCCUCGGAGCCGCUGGCGGAAUGUAAGAGCUUCCAGGUCGGCAUCAAUAUCCAUGGGAGCGUCACUGAUCUUUCACCUAGUGGACAGCCAUUGUCCCUCCUCCUCAAGCUUAACCCAAGAGUUUCCGAGUUGGCCUGUAUGCAACAUCCAUUUCCCAAUCUGCGAGAGUGACGUCGCUAAUAGUGAUCCUGCAGUAUACGAUAUCCGCGGAGGCCCAGGUUGGCACAAACCCUUCCCGAACUCGAGCUCGAAUUCCCUACUAAUUCCCCAACCCAGGUGUCGCCGCCGAUAUCUCCCACAUCAACACCAAGAGCUCAGUCACCGGCUAUGACCCAACACCAUCAGGUCUCGCCGCCGCCCUCAAGGGAUCAGAGAUUGUUCUCAUUCCAGCCGGUGUUCCUCGCAAACCUGGCAUGACCCGUGACGAUCUUUUCAACACAAAUGCAUCAAUUGUCCGAGAUCUGGCCAAAGCUGCUGCCGAGUCGGCCCCAGAUGCCAACAUCCUCGUUAUCUCCAACCCAGUAAACAGCACAGUCCCAAUUGUUGCUGAGAUCUUCAAGGCAAAGGGAGUCUACAACCCAAAACGUCUCUUCGGUGUCACCUCCCUCGAUGUUGUUCGUGCUUCCCGAUUCGUCUCUGAGAUCAAGAAGACCGACCCAGCCGAUGAGAACAUCACCGUUGUCGGAGGUCACUCCGGUGUCACCAUCGUACCACUUUUCUCCCAAUCCAACCACCCAGAUUUGGUUGGAAACGCUGAGCUCCUCACCCGUGUCCAAUUCGGUGGUGACGAGGUCGUCAAGGCUAAGGACGGUGCUGGAUCAGCUACUCUCUCCAUGGCUAUGGCUGGUGCCCGUAUGGCCGAGAGCUUGUUGAAGGCUGCUCAAGGAGAGAAGGGUGUUAUUGAACCAACAUUCGUUGACAGCCCUCUCUACAAGGAUCAAGGUGUUGAUUUCUUCGCCAGCAAGGUCGAGUUGGGACCAAACGGUGUCGAGAGGAUCCACGAUGUUGGAAAGGUCUCCGCAGAGGAGCAGAAGCUUUUGGACGCUUGCUUGGCAGACUUGAAGAAGGUAAAUACACCCCUUCCAUUCUCAUACUAGAAUUAUAUUAACAAAUUGAUAUAGAACAUCGCCAAGGGCGUUGCUUUCGUUGCCGAGAACCCAGGCAAAUAAAUGUCCAUCCCUUCACUACCACCCCGUACUAGCCUACAGCAUAAACCUCUCACCUCCCCUUUUAUCCACGUCCCAAGCGUGAGGAGAAACUGGCACAUAAUAGAGUGAAGGAUCUGGAAUUGGAGCAAGCAACUUUUUGUCACAAAACACGUUGGUUUGUGGGGGAUGGCUGCUAGAUUUCUGGAAUUUUCUUUUUGAAAUGAUCUUUUUCGCCUCU